CCCGUUAAUGACGCGGAUGCUGACUAAUGACAAGAAAAAAAGCAUGCCCCCAUGAGGUGGAAUGGAAACAAAAGCAACUUAAACUAGUGAAAGAAAAGUUUGAUUAGGAUUAGCAACCUAUCAUCCCCACCCAAUCACAAACCAAAGCACAGCAGAGAAGAGGAGAGAAACCUUUUUGACAAAUCCCCAACACCCCAUCCAAAUCCAAAGGAAAGGAGAGAGUCUCGUCUCUUCUCUUCUAGUGGGUAGCGUCUGGUCUGGUGUUGAUUUUGAAGCUUAAACUUGGGGCUUGUUUCAUUGAAAAAAGCGGAAUUUUAUAAUGGAAGUAAAGUGCUGAAAAGUGGCGGAAGAAGGGGGAGGGGAAUAGAAAAUGGGCGCAGCAGUAGUUGUUGUAUUUCUUUCAAAGUCCUUGGUUUGCUGCUAGUGGGGGAAAAGCAGUAAUGGCUGCUACAGCUGCAGUAUUGUUAAUAGUAUCACCACCACCAUCAUCAUCAUUCGCAGGAGACGAAGAAAGAUAGAUUGUCGCAGAAGAAGGUGAAGAAGAGCAGCGACUUCGAGAUGCGUGCGAGUUCCAUUAGAAAGGGAAACUUCUCCGUACUCCUCAUUUUCUUGCUUUUGAUCCUCAUUCUUCCCCCUUUUUAAAUCCCGACUUCCCUUUUCUCCUUCCUUCCUUCUCCUGUUUGCUUCUUCUUCUUGUUCUUCUCUCAUCUAGAUUCCCUUCGGCUCUCCCUGGUACUACUCCGUCUGAUAUAUGCUGGGCUCGUCGGCUCAGGUUGAUCCAAGGAUAGGAUUAUUGAUGAAUCUUGGGAUCGGUUGAGGUUUCUAGGGAGAGGAUCUAUUCUGCUGUGAUUUGUGCUGUGAUUUGUUUUGGUCAAGCUUUUUGUUCCACGAUUUGGUGUAAAUAGCGUCGGAUUUUUGUGGUGCUAUUUAUUUAACCUUAUUUUGGGUGUAUUUCUUGGGGAGAAAAAGAAAAAUACCCUUCUUCCUUGAAGUAUUUUGAGAUUCUAGGAGGAUUUUCUUUCCCUGUCUCACAUCGGUUUUUUGGCGGAUCUGAAACAGAGUCAUUUAUGUCCAAAAAAUCAUCUCCCUGAUUGGAAAUCACUGCUGUGUUUAGAGUCAUUCAUGUCAAAGAAUCAAACGCAACCCAGUAGUCAUCCCACUGGAUUUUAGUUUUGUGGGUUGUCCUUCUUACAAUUUUUCUUCUCAUCCUUCGUUUUGUUUUAACCAACUAUACCUAAUUUGAGUCGACCAACUGAGAGUUUUUUCUGUUUCUUUUGAUCCCUGACAAGAAAGAAAAGAAAAGAGUAAAGAAUACCCAAUUUUUAGAAGAACAGGAAACACAGGUUGUAUACUGGGUUUCCUGCUAUCGAGGGUUGUUUCCUGUUCUAUGGGAAUACCAGAUAGUUCACUACUAGAUCUACUGGAGAAAGUUAGGUCUUGGAUUGCUUGGGGAGGAAGCGAGUUAUCAUCAUCUCCUGUGUCCUCUGAAUUUGAGAUGCUCCACACCAGUGUCAGAAUGUGCUCCGAGUGCAAUACAAGUUCUAGUGAGCUCUUUAAUGGGUACUAUUGUCAUAGCUGUGGCCGAUGGUUGUGUCUCAAAUGCGUCAAGGCACUUGUGUCUCACCUUGAGUCUACUGGCAGUCAAAUUACUGCUGUUGAUUCUGGGGUAACUGUCAAAUUAUGCAAGUUUUGUCGCCUGCCUAUAACCACCCCAGAUGGCAGGACAAAGAUCAGUGAGAAAGUGCAUCCUGCUAACUCUCCCCGUGAAAGCCCUGAACCUCCUUCACCUUCCUUUAGCGGUGAAUCCAGUCAGUCUGAUCGUCUUGCCUGCUCUCUUGAAUCGCGGGAUUGUGGAUAUUCUCCCCAUUCAGUAACCAGCAACAAUGUGACGGCCUUCAGCCCUCAUCCAUGCCUUGCUUCUGUUCGCUGCUCUCCUAACAGGGGAGAUGAAGAGGACAUGGAGGAUGUUGAGAAGAACUUUUACAGCCCAUCCAGUGAAUACUUUAAUGACACAUUAGAUAUAGAUUCGAGUAGUAUUAGUGCUAGGCUUGAGUUUUGCAGUUUCAAAUCAGUGGGUUCAAGUCCAUUUGACAGCCCAUCUGGAACUGGUUUUACUUCUUAUAGUAGGCAGGGGCAGGAAGAGAGCCCCUUGUCCCUCAGAGAUGGUCCCUUGGAUCAAGCAAAUACGGCUGCUUUGAGAAGGCCUGAUAAAGGAUCUGCAGAUCCAGACAAUGUGGAUGAUUGCUCUGAUGACAACUCAACUUCAAGGAGCGACUACAGAAAGUCCCAUAAACUAUGGGAUUUUGAAAGCAAUGGGCUUAUCUGGUUCCCCCCUCUCCCUGAGGAUGAAAAUGAUGAGGCUGAAAGUAGUUUCUUUGCUUAUGAUGACGACGAUGACAAUUAUAUCGGUGACUCAGGUGUAACCUUCACAUCAAGCAGUAGCCUUUCACGUACCCUUUCAACAAGGGAAAGACAAAAUGAGGGUAACAAAGAACCCCUUAAAGUUGUAAUACAGGGGCAUUUUAGGGCUCUGGUUUCCCAGCUUUUACAGGGAGAGGGAAUCAAUGUCAGUGGGGUUGAUAGCAGUGAAGAUUGGUUGGAUAUAGUUACCUCAUUAGCUUGGCAAGCUGCAAACUUUGUGAAACCAGAUACUAGCAGAGGCGGCAGUAUGGACCCUGUUGAUUAUGUAAAGGUUAAAUGUAUAGCAUCCGGAACUCCAGUUGAUAGUGCCCUUAUAAGGGGAGUCGUUUGUACAAAAAACAUAAAGCAUAAGCGUAUGACCACACAAUACAAAAAUCCCAGAUUGCUUCUUCUUGGGGGAGCUCUGGAAUAUCGAAGUGUUAUAAACCAUUUGGCAUCCUUUAAUACAUUGGUACAAGAGGAAAAUGACCAUCUCAAGAUGAUUAUUUCCAAGAUAGAAGCUCUGCGCCCUAAUGUUCUGCUAGUAGAGAAAAGUGUAUCUCCUUAUGCCCAAGAAUAUCUGUUAACAAAGGAAAUUUCUUUGGUGCCCAAUGUGAAGAAGCCAUUGAUGGAGUGCAUAGCACGGUGCACUGGUGCUCUUAUUAGUCCAUCAAUAGAUACAAUUUCAACUACACGAUUGGGUAACUGUGAACUCUUCCGGGUGGAGCGCUUUUUGGAAGAACAUGAACCUGCUAGUCAGUCCAACAAGAAGCCGUCCAAGACUUUGAUGUUCUUUGAAGGAUGUCCCAGGCGUUUGGGCUGCACGGUCCUCUUGAGGGGCGAUCAACGUGAAGAACUCAAGAAAGUCAAGCAUGUUGUGCAAUAUGCGGUUUUUGCAGCAUAUCAUUUGUCUCUCCAGACUUCAUUUCUUGCUGAUGAAGGUGCAACUCUUCCUAAGAUGAAAAUUAAUCAAUUGGGUACCAUGCCAGAGAGGACAACCGCUGAUGACGGGAUUUUAGUUGUUCCUUCAACCAACUUGGACGGAAUAGCAGAAUUUGGACCCCAAGAGAAUGGUUGUACUGGAUUUGAGUCUGAGUCUGAAAAAAUUGAUGCAUUUGGCACCCAGUCUCUUGGUUCUGUGAAUCCUAGGUUUGAAGAUGCACUCCCUGAUUCAUGCCCCAAUCCUAUAUCUAACACAGUAUUAACAAACUUUGGUCAUCGUGAGCGUGUUGAGCGAAACAUGUCUGGAGUUGCUGGUGUGGAUGUUAAUUCUCUUUCACAGCAUGACCUGUUAGAUAUUGUGACCCAUGAGCAGAGGCAAGUUGGUGAGACUCUGCAAUUGGACAAAUCUCAGAGGACUGAUGAACAUGGGGUUUCUAGUGAUUACUUUUCAGCAUCUGAUACUUAUCAGAGCAUAUUGGUAUCAUUUUCAAGCCGCUGUGUACUGAAGGGAACUGUAUGCGAACGAUCUCGGCUCUUGCGCAUUAAGUUCUAUGGAUCGUUUGAUAAGCCGCUUGGAAGAUAUCUCCGUGAUGACCUCUUUGAUCAGACAUCUUACUGUAGGCAUUGUAAGGAGCCAGCUGAAGCGCAUGUAUUGUGUUAUACUCACCAGCAAGGGAAUCUUACGAUUAAUGUGAGAUCUCUUCCCUCUGUUAGGUUGCCUGGAGAACAAGAAGGUAAAAUAUGGAUGUGGCAUAGAUGCUUAAGGUGUACUCAUGUGGAUGGAGUUCCACCAUCGACGCGUAGGGUAGUUAUGUCAGAUGCUGCUUGGGGGCUUUCAUUUGGCAAGUUCUUGGAACUGAGCUUUUCAAACAAUGCAACUGCUAAUCGUGUUGCACCUUGCGGUCAUUCAUUACAGAGGGACUGUCUUCGGUUCUAUGGGUUUGGGAGCAUGGUUGCUUUCUUUCGUUAUUCUCCUGUUGAUAUUCUUAAUGUGCAUCUGCCACCGUCAGUAUUGGAAUUCAAUGCCCACAGUCAGCAAGAAUGGAUUAGAAAAGAGGCAGCAGAGCUUCUGAGCAAAGUGGAAAACUUCUACUCGGAGAUUUCUGAUGUGCUUGACAACAUGGAAGAGAGAAGUAAGUCAUUUGGUUGCCAAUUGUCUGAGGCAACUGAGUUGCAGAGUCAUAUCCUUGAACUGAAAGAUCAACUUAUGAAGGAAAGGAACAACUAUACUGGAAUGCUACAACUGGCUAUAAUGGAGGAUCUACCACAGGGUCAGGCAGGUGUGGACAUUUUGGAGCUCAACCGUUCAAGACGUUCUCUUUUAAUUGGUUCACGUGUCUGGGAUCGUCAGCUUUAUUCAAUUGAUUCCCUCCUUGAAACAAAUGUGACUAUUCAUUCUAACCGAAAGGUUGUAUCUCAAACCGGACUAAUGGACGCAAGCAGUGUUUCAUCAGGAUGUUUAGAAGAACCGUGUGACUCUGCCAAGAGCAAUCACCAGUUGGAGCAGGGAGUUAGUCUCCACCAAUUGCUUCCUGAAGAUUUAAAAUCUUCUCAUCAUAUUCAGAAAGAGGAUAAUGCACAUUCUGAUGGUCCUAUUAUAAACAAGACUAUUGUUGCUGAUGACAUUUCCUGUGAUGCAUCCUAUUUGUCUGACAGAAUUGAUUCUGCUUGGACCGGUACUGAUCAACGUGCUAUAAAGGCUCAGGAAUUAGACUUUUCUGAGAAGGAUAGGCUAAUUGGGGUGGCUACUGAUUUUCCUCUGAGAAAGAUGAUGAGACCAGUGAGAGUUAAUUCUUUUGACUCUGCAUUGAGAGUCCAAGAACGAAUUAGGAAGGGAUUGCCAUUUUCAAAUCUCCGAUCAUUUCAUGCAUCUGGAGAUUACAGGACUAUGGUGAGAGAUCCUGUCUCAAGCACUAUGAGAAGUUACUCUCAAGCUUUCCCUAUGGGGGCGCAGAAGUUGAAUUCAUUGCUGAGCACAACGCCUUCAUUUAUUUCUUGUGCAUCUGAAAUGGCUGGAGGAGCACGAUUGCUGAUUCCUCAGAGGACUCAUGAUGGCGACACAGUCAUUGGUGUUUAUGAUGAUGAUCCUGCCAGCAUAGUAUCUUAUGCUCUUAAUUUGAAAGAACACGAGGAUUGGGUAGCGGCUAACAGGCCAAAUGAGAUUGAAGGAAAAUGCAAUGCAGGUAUCGUGGGCAGAGAAGAUUCAGCUGGUGCUUCCAUGGUUUCAGGAUGGCGAUCUUAUGGUUCUGUGGACUUUGAAUAUAUGAGUUAUGGAUCUGAAUCUUCCAUCGGUAACUUGUUCACAGAUUCCAAGCGAUCCCCACAUUUUGCAAUUUCUUACAGCGACUCUUCUGGUAUUGAAGGGAAAGUAAAGUACUCUGUGACCUGCUACUUUGCAAACCAAUUCGACUCCUUGAGGAAGAAAUGCUGCCCUAGCGAUGUGGAUUUUGUACGGUCCUUGAGUCGCUGCCAGAAAUGGAGUGCACAGGGUGGGAAAAGCAAUGUCUACUUUGCCAAAUCGUUGGAUGAGAGAUUCAUCAUAAAACAAGUGAAGAAGACGGAGUUGGAGUCCUUUGAGGAAUUUGCACCAGAGUAUUUCAAAUACUUAACGGAUUCUCUUUCCUCUGGAAGUCCAACUUGCCUCGCAAAAAUUCUUGGCAUUUACCAGGUUGCUGUAAAGCACUUGAAAAGUGGCAAGGAGACAAAAAUGGAUUUAAUGGUGAUGGAGAACCUGUUUUUCAACAGAACUAUUACUAGGGUCUACGAUCUUAAGGGCUCUGCACGAUCUCGUUACAAUCCUGAUAGUUCCGGGGUAUUGCUGGAUAUGAAUCUGGUGGAGAAACUGCGGACAGAGCCUAUAUUUCUGGGGAGCAAGGCUAAAAGAAGCCUAGAGAGAGCUAUAUGGAAUGAUACAUCUUUCCUAGCGUCGGUCGAUGUAAUGGACUACUCGUUGCUGGUUGGGGUGGACGAAGAGCGGAAGGAGUUGGUGUUAGGGAUCAUCGACUUCAUGAGGCAGUAUACAUGGGAUAAGCAUUUGGAGACGUGGGUGAAGGCAUCAGGCAUACUUGGUGGCCCGAAGAAUGCCUCUCCCACCAUCAUCUCCCCGAAACAGUACAAGAAGAGGUUUCGAAAGGCAAUGACUUCCUACUUCCUCACGGUUCCUGAUCAUUGGUCUUCAUAACUGUCUAUAACUAGUAUGGGGAAUGGUCUAAAGUGCAAGGUUUUAUUCUCUUCUAUUCUGUUGUGGAGGGAAAGAAAGAAAUCCCCUUUUGACAGGGCAUGGGGCAAAGGUUGCUUCUCUGCGCAUCUUUUCUACAUGUGCAAACGAGCAGGCUGUACCAUGCCUUCGAGGAAAAAAGAGAAAGAUGUAUUCCAUUAUUCUUUAGUUGGCAAAGACUUAGACUCGAUUAGUAGCCUAACCUUAACAUGGCUUCACUGUCUUCUUGCAAUCGUUUACCACCAGACCACUAGUUCAUUAUUAUUUGGUGCAGUGAAGCUUGGGUUCUGUAUCAUCUCAACUUUUUCGACUAAAUCGUGUGGCCAAAUCCGUUCUGAGACGGGCUGGAAGGGGUAGUAAGCUGAACCCAAAUACAUUGGUUAAAUAUAA